AAACUACGAGUAAGCAGAAAAGCUCACAGGCGACAUUUAUUCACCAACAGACUCUGCGCAGGUGUUUUAUUGCCUCUUGACUUUGCAUUUCCACGUGUCUGUUACAAAUAAAGACACCGCGUCCUGUUUAGUCUCCAGCGAGAAAGGUGCGUUUGUUUUAAGUCCCACGUUGCACAAGUGGGCGGUAGACAAGAAAAGUGGAGCGGAGAGAAACAAAACGACCGAUCACCCCGUCCGUACAACUUACAGGCGCAGCCUCCUGGUCGUUGCGUGCGCCGCUGCUUCUGGUUCCAACCCAGUCAGCGCUCAUGAUGAAAACUUACUGAAGGUUUCAUCGAUACCUCGUAUAUGGACGCGGCCAACCCCUGCGAACCCGUCCUGCCGCGCUCUGCGGGACCACCGGGGCCGCCUCUCUCUCACUCGCGGAGCCUCGGACUGGAUGGAGAGCAAGUUGCGCGUGCGGCGCGCAGCACGACGCGCCGGACCGGAGCCUGAGCGGACGUCGCCUCCACUCCCUUCGGACGGAAAACAUGCGAAGCCCGCGUCGGGGCGUCUCAGUCGGUGCCCACAAACUCCAACCGGGAACUCCUUCGACGCGUUUCGGCUGCGCCUCCGCUGAGCGCGCGCGCAUUUAGCGUCGGGCGAACAUGACUUCGGCGCUGCCUCAGUCCAAAGCCCUGUACAUCGGGAUGGAGGCGGUGAUCGCCGUGUCCUCGGUCAUCGGGAACGUCAUGGUGGUCUGGGCUGUGCGCAUCAACCGGUCCCUGCGCGACACCACGUUCUGCUUCAUCGUCUCCCUGGCCUUGGCUGACAUUGCGGUCGGGGCGCUCGUCAUCCCGCUCGCCAUCACCAUCAGCAUCGGACUCCAGACCCACUUCUACAGCUGCUUGCUGGUCGCCUGCACGGUGCUCGUGCUCACGCAAAGUUCCAUCCUGGCGCUGCUGGCCAUCGCCAUCGACCGCUAUCUGCGAGUCAAAAUACCCAUGAGCUACAAGCGAGUGGUGACCCCUCGGCGAGCCGGCACAGCCGUGUUGCUGUGCUGGCUGGUGUCCAUCAUCGUGGGCCUCACGCCUAUGUUGGGGUGGAACAACCUGCACCGCCUCCGGGACAAUGGCUCCGUGAUUACCGACGACCUCCUGGUGACCUGUGAGUUCGAGACAGUCAUCAGCAUGGACUACAUGGUCUACUUCAACUUCUUCGGCUGGGUGCUGCCCCCGCUGUUGCUCAUGCUGGCCAUCUAUGCCGAGAUUUUCUAUAUGAUUCACAAGCAGCUCAACAAGAAGGUGACAGCUAGCCACACGGACCCCAGGCGCUACUUUGGCAAAGAACUGAAGCUAGCCAAGUCGCUGGCCCUUGUUCUCUUCCUCUUCGCAGUCAGCUGGCUCCCGCUCCACAUCCUCAACUGCAUCACCCUCUUCUGCCCGACGUGUGACAAGCCGGUGUUCCUCAUUUACAUCGCGAUCAUCCUCACCCACGGCAACUCCGCCGUCAACCCCAUCAUUUACGCCUUCCGCAUCAAGAAGUUUCGCACGGCUUUCCGGAAAAUCUGGAAACAGUACGUGCUCUGUCGCGAUCCAGCUGGACAGUUUCCUCAAAGAGGGAGCCAGAGAAUACCGAGUCAUGAGACGAGGCUGAGGCAGAACGAUGACGAUGACGAUGUGUGACCAUUGGCAACUAAUUGGAUUGAAAGUUUCACAUCAGUGCUUCGCUGAGUACAAAAGGACUCUGGCUUUACUUUCACGCUUGAGGGAUUAAUAGUCAAAUGGCCAUAAUGGCCCAGAAGGAUGUCAGAGGGAUGAAACAUGAGGGAACUCCAUCGUGGACCGGCUCAUUUUCUCCAUUCACUGCGCUCUAAAAGGAGGUGAUGGCGACGAGACUCUUGAAACCGACUUUAAUUUAGAUAUGACUGAUUGUUUGUUUCUCCAGUGGCUCACAAAGUGAUGAUGCCAUUUUACGGGAUAAGGGGCUUCUCAUCAGUUUCAACACCAACCUGUUGAACCUGAACCAGUGAGUGUACAUUAGUAGCACACGCGGUACCAUAGUAUCAGCUGUACUGUCUUUUUUUAAAUAACUGAUGUGAAUGAC